UUAUAUAAUUCAAAAAGACACAUCUAAGGGGUUGCUCACCUUUUUUUCUGCUAAAGAUUCUUAGCUUGUAGCCACAAAAUCCAAAACAGAGAGAGAAUAUAUAGCUUUUUAUGGAUUCUCUUCGAUUCAACCUUCAGCAAUCUCCCUUUCAGUUGAGACCCAGAAGAACUAUUCGACCAAGAAUCACUAACAUUUCGAACCAAACCGAAGAAACCGAUCCGCGACCACCAUCCUCGGCCGGUAAGAUCCAACGGUUAGUACUCAACAAUGAAGGUCGUACUAAACUCAACGCCGGUCCUGACCGCGAAUUCUAUUCAUACCCACGAUUCGUGAACCACGUCGACGACGGUUUCAUAUCCUCCUUAACGGAUCUCUACAGAAACCGGUUAAGAUCCGGUUCGAUCGUAUUAGACCUGAUGAGCUCAUGGGUUAGCCAUCUACCAGAAGAGGUGAAGUACGAGAAAGUAGUGGGACAUGGUCUUAACGCACAGGAGCUUGCCAGAAACCCUAGACUCGAUUACUUCUUCGUCAAGGAUCUUAACGAGGAUCAGAAACUCGAGUUCCAAGACAAAUAUUUCGAUGCGGUUUUAUGUUCUGUCGGUGUACAGUAUCUACAACAACCCGAAAAGGUGUUUGCGGAAGUGUAUAGAGUGUUGAAACCGGGAGGUGCGUUGAUAGUGAGUUUUAGCAAUCGGAUGUUUUAUGAGAAAGCAAUCAGGGUUUGGAGAGAUGGAACCGAGUACGGUCGGGUGCAACUGGUGGUUCAGUACUUUCAGUCUGUCCAAGGGUUUACUCAGCCUGAGACCAUCCGGCAACAGCCUCCUCUUGGUGGAGGAGCUGAGAAACCGGUUUUGAAUUGGUUUAUGGGUUUAAUUGGUUUAGCUUCUAGGCCGGACCCUUUUAAUGCUGUGAUUGCUUAUAAGAAUUUCAAACCUCUGUAUGAGUAAACCAACAAAUAGUCUAUUAUUUCAUUUGAGAGUAUAAAUGCAUUGUCACAUUUUUUCUAA